UCCCCUCGGGCCAGUCUCUCGGCAGUGCAGACCCGGGAUCGCUCCAGCCGCCAGCCCGAGAGCGAGUCCGGGCAAAGGACUCUGACCUUGAGGGGCACAGCCCGCUCCCCAGAUGUUCUCCAGAGCCGCCAGGAGCUGGGUGCUGAGGACGACGGGAGGAGGACUCGGGACCCGAGGGACCCACAGCCCAGGAGGCAGUGCCCGCAGCCAGGGGAAGAUGGCCCCCUACUAUACCAACCACUACGCUCAGCGUUCCUACCCCAUGCCCGAUGAGCCCUACUGCACAGAGCUCACCGCGGAGCAGCAGGCCCUGAAGGAGAAGGAGAAGGGCAGCUGGGCCCAGCUGAGCCAAGAGGAGAAGGUGGCCCUGUACCGGCUCCAGUUCAGGGAAAGCUUCGCUGAGAUGAACCGUCGCUCCAGCGAGUGGAAGACUGUGAUGGGCUGUGUCUUCUUUUUCAUUGGACUCACCGGUCUGCUGAUUUGGUGGCAGCGGGUCUAUGUGUUCCCCGAGAAGCCUGUCACCUUGACCGACGAGAGAAAAGCCCAGCAGCUGCAGCGCCUCCUGGACAUGAAGAGCAACCCCGUGCAGGGCCUGGCCUCCCGCUGGGACUACGAGAGGAAGGAGUGGAAGAAGUGACCGCCCGGUCAUCACUGGGUGUCGCCUGUACGUGUCAACGGCUGCCAGUGCAGACCGCCCUAGCGUGGAGCCCACGCCUCCCUCCGCUGCCCUGCCUGUCCUCCCUCUCCUCCCCCUACUUCCUCCCUUGCUGAAGUAAAGCUGGUCUGUUUUCCUCUUGCUACUUUGGACUGGACCUGACAUUUAAAGUUA